UCGACGCCAACGCAGGCCAGUGACUUGUGAAUAAUGUUUCAGUGCUUCGUUUUAUAACGUUAAAAUGACCUCAAGUACUAUUAGUGAUAUGACAAGCUAUGGUGAACUUUGUGAAUCGAGUGUGAAACAUUCAGAAUACAUGUAUCAAUAUGGACCACCGCAUCUCUACAAUAACUACCAGCAACAUUUCGCAAACUAUAAUAACGAGUUGGCCAAUGUAAGCAGCAAAAGAAGUAACAGUGAUAGUGCUUACAACAGGCACAUCAAAUCGGAGUACGGUAAUUAUACACAUUAUCCUAAUAAUUAUAAUCACGGCUAUCCAAAUCUGGGUAAUGAUGUCCGGCAAGCUGCUGAAAACCCAUACAAUCACGAAAACUACAUGUACAAUCAUGGCGUGCAAUCAUCAGAUAGAUCUUUGAAUCAAGUAAAAGCUAACCAACCUUACAAUUACAAAUCUAAGAUAGAAUUAGCCGAAGAAGUAAUGCAUGAUAUGGCAUACACCUCAAACGAUAGUAGCCACUCAGACGAUCAGCAAGAAGUCAAAAUGGGCUACAACAAAGAUAUAAGCAGCCAUACAAAAAUGGACAAAGUCAUUGGAGGUGGGGCUUCUGGAAUGGAAGCCGCUAAGUCAUCAGAUACAUCGAAAGCUUGUCAAGAUAUGACAAGGGUCGGCGCAGGCGGCAACAAUGAGGAUUACGCAGAUACAAAAAUGGCUGCAAAACUAAAUGUACAAAACUGCAGUUUCCCGUGGAUGAAAGCCGAAGAAACAAAAACAGGAUCAAAGAGGACACGACAAACUUAUACCCGAUAUCAAACCUUGGAACUAGAAAAGGAGUUUCAUUUUAACAAAUACCUUACAAGAAAACGAAGAAUAGAAGUAUCCAACGCGCUCAGUCUUACUGAAAGACAAAUCAAAAUAUGGUUCCAAAACCGACGGAUGAAAGCGAAGAAAGAUGGUAAACUGAAUUUAACUCCUGAUCCCUAUGUAACAGAAGAUUAUAAGAAUACAAAAUUAGGUAACUUUGGAGGUUAUGUGGAUACAAGACAAACUGUUCCAGCUUAUACAAACUACGGAAGUUACCACAUGAAUACUGAACCGUUAGCUAAUAUGGCCCAUCUGGCGGAAUCUCAUAUACCUGGAAACGGAAUUUCCCAACCAGCAAUGAUCUAAUGUAAAUUUUCAAAUAUUACUAAUAACAAUUUUUCGAAACAUACAUAUUUAU